AUGCCUUCUUCCCUCAAUAAAUGCGAAGCUUUAGUAUCUGAGGAAGAAGUUAGCUCCAGCAGCAACAAAAAUGAUAGCAAGCGCUCCACUUUCUUCGAUGUUUAUGGCCCUCAAAGUAAAGCGGAGGUGGUUUUUAAGACGCCAGAAGCCAACUCAACUCUGAACUUGCAAGAGGUUCAAGAACUAGUGACAUGGGUGCUUGGUGAAGGAUUCAUGCCGUCUUGGGUUUUUAUUAAGAACAAACCGCUCAUUCCCAAAGUGGUUAUGCUUUACGUCCCAGGCCUGGAUGCAGCUUUGUACUUAUCACAGCACCGACUACUUAAGAGUCUCAAAGAAUUUUGUGGCAAGCCAAGGCCAGUUUUAGCUCUCAGCUGUAUGUCGGAUGGAAUGCAGACGAUUGAUGCCCUCCUAACAUGCAAAGUGAAAGAAAGAGGGAAGAAAGUAGUACCGCUACAGAGAAAUCUAACCUGGCAUCUCAACAAGGUCUCUGGUGUUUCAGUAAUAUGCAUGCACUGA